GAGAGCUUUGUCCCAUAAUAUUAGGUAACAAUUAUCUUUGCAAAGCCUUCUCAAUUUGACUACACCAUACUUCUCUAUUUUACUACAGUAUAGUGUAUACAAAUACUUUUUUAACAAGCCUCUAUCAUCAACAAAAUUCUGUUCAAUAGACGGCUGUACAACUUGUGACAACUACACCAGUUACGACUGAAUUUAACAUGGAAGAAGAGAAGAAACAAGGCAGAAAAAAUCGAAUGGAUAUACAAAAGCAGAAACAGUCUAAAUUUUCUCCCGAUAACAACGAUAAUAAACAAGGAGAACUUCCAAUUACUACAACUGCGACUUCUCGAAGUCAAGGAAUGGGACAACGUAGAAGGGUAUGUCGUCGCAGCAUUUAUUCGUAUAAUGAUUCUGACUCUAAGGCUGAAGUCAUUAGGAGUCUCCCAAGGCCAAUACAAAAUAAGUUAAGGGAUCGAAAGGUUGUACGAAGGGAAAGAGAAAAGAAAUUUAGAGAGCUUAGGGCUUCACUAGCUAAAUAUAUUGAAAAUUAUAAGUUUACCCGAGAUGCACUAAUUGAUGCUAUUGACCAAAAUAAACUAUCUGAUUGGAAAGCCUUAGCAAUAUUAGUAGAUUCACUUGGACAACCUUUAGGUAGUAUUUUAACUGAUGUUUAUCACGAGGUUUGGCCAAGUGAACCUUUUUGGGUUUAUGUUCUUAAAUUUGAAGCUGAAUGGGAGAACCGUUUGUACAACUAUUUGUAA